GACCGGCGAGGGGGAGGAGGCGGCGGGAGGCGCCUCCGCUUAAGGGAGCCGGCCGGGCGCCGCCGCUCGGACGGACGCGCGGACGGAAGGGAGGAGCGGGGCCGCCGGGCCCGGCCCGGGGAUGCGAGCGGCCUCAGGGAGCGGAAAGAAUGUCGGAGCGGGCCGCGGAUGACGUCAGGGGGGAGCCGCGCCGAGCGGCGGCGGCGGCGGCGGCGGCGGCGGCGGCGGCGGCGGCGGGCGGAGCAGCGGCCGCGGCUGCCCGGCAGCAGCAGCAGCAGCAACAGCAGGCUCCGCAGCCCCAGCGGCAGCCGCCGCCGCCGCCGCCGCGGCGCCUACGGCCGGAGGACGGCGGCCCCGGGGCCGCCUCCACCUCGGCCGCCACCGCAAUGGCGACCGUCGGGGAGCGCCGGCCCCUGCCCAGUCCCGAAGCGAUGCUGGGACAGUCGUGGAAUCUGUGGGUCGAGGCUUCCAAACUUCCUGGGAAAGACGGGACGGAAUUGGACGAAAGUUUCAAGGAGUUUGGGAAAAACCGCGAAGUCAUGGGGCUCUGUCGCGAAGACAUGCCAAUAUUUGGUCUCUGUCCAGCCCACGAUGAUUUCUACUUGGUGGUGUGUAACGACUGUAAUCAGGUUGUCAAACCGCAGGCAUUUCAAUCACAUUAUGAAAGAAGACAUAGCUCAUCCAGCAAGCCUUCUUUGGCCGUUCCUCCCACUUCAGUAUUUUCCUUCUUCCCUUCUCUGUCCAAAAGCAAAGGAGGCAGUGGAAGUGGAAGCAGCCGUUCUUCCAGUGGAGGUGUUCUAAGUGCAUCCUCGUUAAGUUCCAAGUUGUUGAAAUCGCCCAAAGAGAAACUGCAGCUCAGGGGGAACAGGCCAAUGCAUCCCAUUCAGCAAAAUAGAGUCCCCCAUGGUAGAAUCAUGACGCCCUCUGUCCAAGUGGAAAAGAUUCCUCCGAAGAUGGAUGGCGCACUACUGAAAUCUGCGGUAGGGCCAGUCUGUCCUGCUGCUGUGAGUUCCUCAGUCAAGCCUGGCCUUAACUGCCCCUCAAUACCAAAGCCAACCUUGCCUUCGCCUGGACAGAUUCUGAAUGGCAAAGGGCUUCCUGCACCGCCUACGCUGGAGAAGAAGUCAGAAGAUAACUCCAAUAACAGGAAAUUUUUAAAUAAGAGGUUAUCAGAAAGGGAGUUUGAUCCUGACAUCCACUGUGGGGUCAUCGAUCUCGACACCAAGAAGCCCUGCACCCGGUCUUUGACAUGCAAGACACAUUCCUUAACCCAGCGGAGGGCUGUCCAGGGUAGAAGAAAACGAUUCGAUGUGUUGUUAGCCGAGCACAAAAACAAAACCAGGGAAAAGGAAUCGAUUCGCCAUCCGGACUCUCAGCAACCAACGCAGCCUCUCAGGGACCCGCAUCCCACUCCUCCUAGAGCUUCACAGGAGCCACACCAAAACCCUCACGGAGUGAUUCCUUCCGAAUCGAAGCCUUUCGUAGCUAGUAAACCUAAACCUCACACCCCUAGUCUUCCAAGGCCUCCAGGCUGUCCUGCUCAGCAAGGUGGGAGUGCCCCCAUUGACCCGCCUCCAGUCCAUGAAUCUCCACACCCUCCCCUGCCUGCCACUGAGCCAGCUUCUCGGUUAUCCAGUGAGGAGGGAGAAGGCGAUGACAAAGAAGAGUCUGUUGAAAAACUGGACUGUCAUUAUUCAGGUCAUCAUCCUCAGCCAGCAUCUUUUUGCACAUUCGGGAGCCGGCAGAUUGGAAGAGGCUAUUACGUGUUUGACUCCAGGUGGAACCGGCUUCGCUGCGCCCUCAACCUCAUGGUGGAGAAGCAUCUGAACGCGCAGCUGUGGAAGAAGAUCCCGCCAGUGCCCGGUGCCGCGUCGCCCGUCUCCACACGUGCUCCUCACCGGACGAACUCUGUGCCCACAGCACACUGUGGGGUCAGCCACCUGGCGGCAGCCACCGUGUCCCCCUCCCCGGUCCCGCUCUCGUCCGCCUGCGUCUCCCCCAGUAGCAAGUCGGUACCCGCUCAUGGAACCACGCUGAACGCACAGCCCGCCGCCUCCGGGGCCGUGGAUCCCGUGGGCAGCAUGCAGUCCCGACAGCUGUCCUCCUCCUCGUCCUCCCCCUCCACGCCCUCCGGCCUGUCCUCUGUGCCCUCCUCCCCCAUGGCCAGGAAACCUCAGAAGUUGAAAUCUAGCAAGUCUUUAAGGCCCAAGGAGUCUUCUGGUAACAGCACUAACUGUCACCACGCGACUAGCAGUGCCGGCAGCGGCGGCUCAGGAAAGAAACGCAAAAACACUUCCCCGCUGUUAGUCCCGCCCCUCUCCUCCUCCUCCUCCUCCUCCUCCUCCUCCUCCUCCUCCUCCUCCUCCUCCUCCUCCUCCUCCUCCUCCUCCUCCUCUUCUUCUCAUUCCAUGGAGUCUUUUAGGAAAAACUGUGUGGCUCACCCUGGGCCUCCCCACCCCGCGGCGGUAGCCUCUCCCCACGGCGUCGGCCUCAACUGUGUGGCCGGCAGAGCGAACUCGGUGAGCGGCCGGCACGAGCAGCCCGGGCGGGGCGCCCCCGGCGGGAGCCCCGGCGAGUCCAUCAAGAGGAUGAGCGUGAUGGUGAACAGCGGCGACUCCACACUCUCCCUCGGCCCCUUCGUGCACCAGGCUGGCGAGCUGCCCGUCAGCUCUCACGGCGCCUGCUCCCACCCACACACUCCUCUGGACAAGCUCCUAGGCAAGAAAAGAAAGUGCUCGCCUGGCUCGAGCGGCAUCAACAGCAGCAGCGGCAGGCCCACCAAGGUGGCCAAACUGCCGGCCGUGAACAACGUCCACGUGAAGCACGCGGGCCCCAGCCCGGGGCCGCCAGGACUGGCAAACAGCUCCCUCCUGCAUCAGGAUACCUCCUGUCCUUGCUUACAAGCAGGAAUUUCAGCGGUGUCACCCCAGAGCCCUACUUUAAAAUCCAAAGGCACGUCCCUGACAGCUGAAAAUAGCACGGGGAGGAAUAAUCUGGACACUUUUGACGACAAGUUACACCUCCACUCAGCACUCUGGACUCCACGAUGCCUUUGAGUCUGUUUUCCCAACCUCCUGUGGGCCUCGAGGGUAGAAAUCUGCCGGGCUGUUGUUUUAACGAGGAUGUCCCUGAAGCUUUGUCUGUAGCAGUGAGUACUCGUAAAGGACACUGGAUCAAGUCCAGCCACCGAAUUGCUUUUAUCAGUGUUAGAGUGGUCUGGACUACUUGCUACAAUCUGUGAGAAGUUCCUGUCUCGUUGUUGAACCUGUAGUAUUUCACGGAGCCACUCUUGGAGGAGGUUGGCUGGCGAGAGUGUCUUGGCAAGAGCGUGACUGUAGACUUUUCUCCCUCCCUCCUCUCCCUGCCUAGUUCUUUCCUCACCCUGUCGUGUGUAGGUCCCUCUCCAGCAGUCAGGCGCCUUAACUGGAGACACCUCCCAGGGGCGAGCAGAGCUGCACCCCAAGCAGCCCUCUGGAGUAAGGGGGUCUGCAGCUAGGUUUUUAUAGCAGGUGCCGGGAAUGGAAUAUGGACGUCAGUGAGAGGCACCGUGACAAAAGAGCCUGUGUUUUUGCCCAGCCUUUUGCAAGUAAUUUGGGAUCAGAAGCCGUCAGAAGUUUCUAAUGUACAAACUGGUUUAAAGCCAUUGAUGGCCAGAGAGCAAGUAUACACCAGUUUAGAGGCUUACUUUUCAUGGUACAAAAGCAAUUCUGUGUGAUUUUUUUUUUUUUAAAGAAAAUGCAAAUGCAAACAAUUUUGAUAAUGGAAAGCCAAAUUCUGGUGGGUGGGGAGGUAGACAGAAAUCACUAUGGGGGAAAAUUUUCCAAGAUUUCCAAAGAGAUUGAAUUUUUUUUAACUUUUGUUUUCAUGUUAAACAGUAUACAAUUAGGUUGGUUGUCCUGCCCAGUCUCCUGUUUUUAAAAAUUGCCUUUGUAACGUGAAAUAGUUGGGAAGCAGCAGACUCUGUCGUUCACCAAGUCAUUGAUAUACUUAAAUGUUUCCAAGGCACUCGGUGCAUUACCCGCAACCUCUUCUUUGGAUACUGUCCUGGGACUAAGUGUAAAUUUCCGCUUGGAGCACGCCCCAUAUUGUGUGUAUCUGCACACCCCUUCCUGCCACUACACAUGUUUAUGUGGAUGCAGUUGGGAUGGGGAGCAGGCACCCAGGGAGGGGCGUUGGUGACUGUGAACACCUGCCCAUGCGGCGAUGACGGGAUGCAUGCGUAGUGUCUCCCAGUCACACCUCCUUUCUGGGGAUUUACGCCUGCCAUCUCACGGAGAGUUUCAGAGACCCUCCAGGAUAGUGUUUCUAGAACCCCACCCCAAAAGGAAGAGCUUGAUAGGUUAAGACGUCAUUGAUUGAGAAGGUGUCAUUGAAUUUGAGGGGAUGAGCUGGAGCCCUUUAACAGAUGAUUCCACCACCACAGCUCCUGAAAGGAGAGCCAGGCACUUUUGCUUAGAAGAACACACAAAGCUGCCGAACACAGGGUAAAUUUCCCAAGGUUCUGAUCCUGGCCCUGGGCGGGGCUGGGACAGAGCCAGUCAGUGCAUCCGUUUUCCUUGCAAUUCUUGGGUUACAAACUUCAGUUUCAGGGAAUUUUAAGUCAACAACAGGUAGAAUGAAUAAAUACUUGGUUACCAGCCUAAUAAUGUGAAUUGCUACAGAACUAUUCUUAUUAUGUAAGGUAACAAAAACUUUAUUCAGAUACUUUAGCUAUAAAUUGAUGUAAAAUAUUGAUUUUCUUUUUAAAGGAAGGGGAGAACAGUAUCUUGUUCACCUAUUAUGCAAUCAGUCAGUAAAUGUUUUAAAAAUGAUACUGUAAGAGAGCUUGUAAGAAGAAAGCACGGAUGGGCCAGUUUGGUGUCAUUAGGAGAGGUCAGUCUGGUUGUUCAUCCCAGGAGAUGGAGAGAAGGAGGUAAGAGGGAAUCAGAACGUACUUAGUUGAUUCCUUGGUGACAAGUGCAAUGGGGUAUGGGUAGAAUUUAUUUUCAGAGCCAAGGGGACUUGAUGGUUAUAAAUAAAGUUGCUUUUAGUGAUGGAAUUUAUAGACAGAUCAUGUUGUUCUGAAAGAUGUGAAUAGGAUCCACGAUAGCAGGUUGAUGCAGAAUAAUGUAGAUAUUUAGAUUAGCGAGUCUUGAUCAUUUGAUUUCUUAGACUGAGGUUUUAAUUGAAAUUUCAUUAUUGUCUCCCGGUAGUACACAGAGCAUCGGGGUUAGGAAAUUAGCCAUUUUGGAUUUCUGCCUGCCACAAACAGACCUAAACAGUGCUAUUAAAUUUUAGACUGUUGUUCAAAUAUUGUAUUUUCUCCUACAACUACUUUUUAUUAUGAUGAACAAUUAAGACCAUUUAAAACACGGGAGUACAAGUAUUUUUUUGAAUUAAAUUAACUUGCAAAAACCAAAUUUGCAGUGGUUGGGUUGUUUCUAGACAGACUUUGGUAUCAAUUUAAAACCAAGAUAAUUUUUAUAUUCUUUCCAAUAGAAUUUCAUGACAACUCCUGCAGUUUUCUUAACCUACAAAAAAAAAAAAAAUGCUGCAAUGAUGAACAAAGAAUUAUACAAAACCUACUUUUGUAUCUUUAUUUUGGAAUUUCUUGUUCUAUUAUAAAUAUGGAAGUAUCCCUAUUUGAGAAGACAUAUUUUGUUAAAAAUGAAUUGUACAUAUUUAAAUAUGUAUUUUUGCACAGGUCUUUUUUUCGGAUAUCCUGUUUUGGUACAAUUGAGAUCAUCUAGUAUUUAUUUAUUAAUUAAUAAAAGUAAAUACCUUUUUAUAAUUUGAAGUGGUUCACUGCCAAGCCAAUAGUUCUAGAACCUGCCUCCUUUACGGUUUAAGGGAUGCCUCUGUUCUGUGAAAGUCUUUUGUCCCUUUCAGUGUCUCGGGAGUGGAUUCAUACAGAUGAAGUGGGCAUUGUUUGCUUCUCCCUAGUUGCCUGAUUUCCCAAUAGACUACAUGUAAUAAGUGACACACUGCUUUUCUUUUGUUAGUGUUUUAUGUGUGAGAGAGUGUGUGUGUGUGCACGUGCGUGCACGCGUGUGUGUGUGUGUGCGCCCUGAGCACAUGUGUGUUAGUAUGUGAUGUGAUUAAAACUAAUGGGGAAAAAAAAACAAAAAAAAACUGAAAGUGCCUGAACCUAGUUUUAAGCUUAGACAGAUACUUUAAAAAGACUUGAAUGUUCAGUUGAACUUUUGGAGUUUGCUUUUUCCACCUAAAUAUUGUUACUAAAAUUUUAGGGGAGGAGUUGAAAACCACCAAAUGCUGGUAAUUUUAUAAGGUAUUUUAAAAUUAAGACCUUUUGGUUCACAGGAAUUCAACUGGUGAUGGAUUGCCCGGUGGCACCAAGGGUUACAAAUCUUCUUGUCAGCCAGCAACUUACACAAUGUGUCUGUUUUGUUAUUCACUGGUGAAAUGCAGAGUUUAAGAUAGAAUAUUUAAAAUAUUUUGUAUUCCAAAAAUAUAAUACAAAGUACCUCUGAGAACAUUGAAAAAAAUGUAUAAUUUGAAAAAUGUAACUUAUAAAGGCAGCUGUCUUCCUGCGAGAGUUCUGUUGCCAAGGAAUUUCUUAAUAUCUCCCAUUCUGUCCUGCGGGGGAAAAAGUUGGGCUUUGGAAAAUGAUUGUUAAAAGUUUCAUUGUUUAGCAGAAAAUAAUCAUUUUUACAUUUUGUGCAAAACCUUUUACAUUUUCAGAUCAUUUAAAUGAGCGCUACAUACUGUCAGUGUGAAUGAAUGUAGGGCCUUGAAAGCAUUUUGCUGUGUUUUUUUUUUUGUUUGUUUGUUUUCUGUUUUUGAGCUUGGUUAUAAAAGCAAUCUCCUGUGUUAAAAUGUGUGAAUAGGUUGAUCAUUUGUACACAUAAUCAAGAGCAUCUCAGCUGGACUUUGUGUUGGCUGCUGUAUAGAACAUGAACAAAUGUCAAGGGAUAGAAAAUUACUUUGGAUAUUUAAAAGAGAAGAAAUAUAUAGUCUAUUUGUUUUGUAACAAGUUCUGUAAAUAAAAUAAUUUAUACUAUUUAUAAGAAAAAGUUGUGCUUUGCUUUAUGAGAAAUUAGUUUGUGGAGCAAACAUGUUAACGGGCAAUAAAACCAGGAUUUCUCAAUAAACAAGGUUGGCUGCAUGGAAUAUUUUACAUGUUUCUGCCUCGUUGUGAUACUAAACCCUUUUCGAUCUAGUCUGACUUUUCUUCAUUUGUAGCAUCAGACACCCUUAUGAAGCUCAGCUUCCCUUCCAUACCACCUAAAAACUUCUAAGGGCUUAGGAUGUUUCUGUUCUUGGGCACAAAGGUUUGCCUUGGGUAAAUUAAUAACCGGGUAAACAGUGAACACUACUGUAU